CAGGCCAAAGAGGGGCCCCAAAGACUUGUUUGUUGACUGUGCUUGUAUCUCACUGCUGUCUUUUGCUUCCAUGUGCCACUGCGGCGAUGACUCCACGGCUUCUCCCCUGACGGCUGCGUGACCCCAUGGCUGCUUCUGGCAACGUCAUGACAACAGAGAAGAGUUUAGUGGCUGAGGCUGAAAAUCCACAGCAGCAACAACAGAAAGAAGAGGGUGAGGGAGCCACAAACUCGGGUCAACAGGAAACUCAGCUGGAAGAGGCUUCUCAAGCAGCAGCCGAGGGAGAUAAUCAGUGUGAGCAGAAGCUGAAAACAUCUAAUGGAGACACUCCAACACAUGAAGAUUUGACCAAGAACAAGGAGCGGACAUCAGAAAACAGGGGCCUGUCACGGCUGUUCUCCUCAUUUCUCAAAAGGCCUAAAUCUCAGGUCUCUGAGGAAGAAGGCAAAGAAGUAGAGUCAGCGAAAGAGAAAGGUGAAGGUCAUAAAGAGAUAGAAUUUGGAGCCAGUCUUGACGAAGAGAUCAUUUUAAAGGCCCCAAUUGCAGCUCCUGAGCCUGAGCUCAAAACAGACCCAUCCUUGGAUCUUCAUUCAUUAAGCAGUGCAGAAACACAGCCUGCUCAGGAAGAACACAGAGAAGAUCCCGAUUUUCAGACUGAGGAAGGAGGAGGACUUGAAGACUGCUCUAAAAUAGAAGUAAAAGAAGAAAGUCCUGAAUCAAUAGCAGAAAGAGAAUUAAAAGCUUCCCAGAAAUCGAUCAGAAGACACAGAAACAUGCAUUGCAAGGUUUCUUUGUUGGAUGACACAGUUUAUGAAUGUGUUGUGGAGAAACAUGCUAAGGGACAAGAUUUACUUAAACGAGUAUGUGAACACCUCAAUCUUUUGGAAGAAGACUACUUUGGUCUAGCCAUUUGGGAUAAUGCAACCUCUAAGACAUGGCUGGAUUCUGCCAAAGAAAUAAAAAAGCAGGUUCGUGGUGUCCCUUGGAAUUUCACAUUUAAUGUAAAGUUUUAUCCACCUGACCCAGCACAGUUAACAGAAGAUAUAACAAGGUACUAUUUAUGUCUUCAACUUCGGCAGGACAUAGUUGCAGGACGUCUGCCCUGUUCAUUUGCAACCUUAGCAUUAUUAGGUUCUUAUACCAUCCAGUCUGAGCUGGGAGACUAUGACCCAGAAGUCCAUGGUGCAGAUUAUGUUAGUGAUUUUAAACUGGCCCCAAAUCAGACCAAGGAACUUGAAGAGAAGGUCAUGGAACUGCAUAAGUCAUACAGGUCCAUGACUCCAGCUCAGGCUGACCUGGAAUUUCUUGAGAAUGCCAAAAAGUUGUCUAUGUAUGGUGUUGACCUUCAUAAAGCAAAGGACUUGGAGGGAGUGGAUAUCAUCCUAGGUGUCUGCUCUAGUGGCCUUCUGGUUUACAAAGAUAAGCUGAGAAUUAACCGCUUUCCCUGGCCCAAAGUGCUGAAGAUUUCUUACAAACGUAGCAGCUUUUUCAUUAAGAUUCGGCCUGGAGAGCAAGAACAGUAUGAAAGUACCAUCGGAUUCAAACUUCCCAGUUACCGAGCAGCUAAGAAAUUAUGGAAAGUCUGUGUAGAGCAUCACACAUUUUUCAGACUGACAUCUACAGACACCAUUCCUAAAAGCAAAUUUCUUGCCCUGGGAUCCAAAUUUCGAUACAGUGGCCGAACUCAGGCUCAGACCAGGCAAGCUAGUGCUCUGAUUGACAGGCCUGCCCCACACUUUGAGCGUACAGCAAGCAAACGGGCAUCCCGAAGCCUUGAUGGAGCAGCAGCCGUUGAUUCAGCAGACCGAAGUCCUCGGCCCACCUCUGCACCAGCCAUUGCUCAGAGUCAGGCCGCAGAAGACAGCGUCCCAGGUGCACCUGUUAAAAAAGCAGUGGUUUCUGAAGCACCGAAGGAAACAGUGCAGGUUGAAGUGAAAAAGGAAGAAGUGCCACCUGAGCAGCCUGAGCCAGAGCUCACAGAAGUGUGGAAGGUGGAAAAAACCCACAUCGAGGUCACAGUACCCACCUCAAAUGGUGACCAAACACAGAAGCUUGCAGAAAAAACUGAAGAUCUGAUAAGAAUGAGGAAGAAAAAGAGAGAGAGACUAGAUGGUGAAAACAUUUAUAUCAGACAUAGCAAUUUAAUGUUGGAGGAUUUAGACAAAAGUCAAGAAGAGAUCAAAAAACAUCAUGCCAGCAUCAGUGAGCUGAAAAAGAACUUCAUGGAAUCUGUACCAGAACCACGGCCUAGUGAAUGGGAUAAACGCUUAUCCACUCACUCUCCCUUUCGAACACUUAACAUCAAUGGGCAAAUCCCUACAGGAGAAGGAGUGAAGAAAACCUCUGUCCUUCCCUCGGAAAGAAAGGUUGGUGGGCCAGAGACACAGGAACGUGCUCUGUUAGUGCAGGAUGAAGAGAAAAUUAAAAGGCAAGAGAGAUCUACUGAAAGCGCCUUGCCCCAGCAAGAAAAUGAAGAAAUUCUUCCCAAGGUUUCUAUUCCAAUCCCUGAGGAUCACAAGUUUCUCAAAAAGUGCCACCUCUACUCUAGUACUUUUUCAUCUCCUCGUAUUCCUUUUGUGAUGUCUCUUCUCGUGGUUCUUGCAUUGGCUGUCUGGUGGUUGGUCUUUCUGUGAUCGGAAAACGGGUGCUCAUCUGAAAUGUCAAGACUAAAACCAUUGAACUUUGUUGUUCGCUUCUCCUGUGUUAUCUCCUGUGUGAUGCCCUCUGAGCUUGACAGUUCACUGUCCUAGGGGAGAGUCUGUGAUCAUUUUUCUGUCAAUAAAAUGUUACUCUUUGUAGAAUAUAUAUCAUGGAGUACAAAGGAGUAGCAAUGGAUUGCUCAAGCCAGUUUUCCUCACCAAAGUUUAACAAGUUUAGGCAAAUCUGAUUUACGCAUAUGGCAGGUUGGUACUUUCCCCAAAAGCUUUAACUCUUUUAUCCUGCAUGUUCUUAUUGUUCACUGUUGCUAUGUCCUCCUCUCCGGUGUUUCACAGAAAGCAGGAUAUCCUGUAGAAACAUUUGAUGGAAUAUUUUCCUAAUCUUCGAUAGUUAUUUGUGGGGCAUGGGCUCUGUAGUUUAAGAAAAAAAUUCAAGUUGCUAACCUUUCAAAAGCCUUAAAAUGAUACAUUUUAAUCUGUGAAUCUAUAACCACUCCUUUUCUUGAGAUAUCAAACCAAUAUAUACAAAGUCUUUUUUGGAAAAGGGCUUUUGACUUCUGUGGCCUUCUUAUGUGUAUUUCUGAGAUGUACAGGGACAAACAACUUUAUCCUGCCUGGUGUAUAGAAGAGAUCUGCAAAGGUUAAAUGCAUUUUUCACAAGUAUAAUGUUGAUGGUUUAAGGAAAAUGGUGCUGGUGCCCUUUAGCCUCCAGCCAGGGCUGAAUUUUCCAGACUACUCUGCCCAUCUUUAAAAGUCCUGGAAUAACAAAUUUCUUUAAGGUCUGUACAUAAACAUACCCUUCUCUGAAUUAAAAUACUGUCUUACUUCUUUAUGAGUUAAGUAAUUAUAUUGCUAGAAGCAAUAUUUAGCCAUUAUGAUAAGCUUAAAAUAGAUAUCGAUAUAUUUUGUUUUUCUGAUAGACUUUGGACUUGUUUAUUCUUACAUGUGUGUUGAAAUCAAUUGUUUUUCAUUGAUGGCCUUGUGAGCUAAGGCUCUGUCGUGACAAGUAUGUGUCUUCUGUUUGCAUGUUGAUUUUUAAGGCUUACCUGAAGUAAAUAUGCGUGUGCUCUCUCUUCACAACACAACUCGGAUACCUAACCUGUUGGGUUUUUUUCCCAUCAGUAUUAAUGAAAUCUUGCAUGUAGUUUGCUUUUUAUGGCGCUUGAAUGUACCAAUAUGGAUGAUUUGGUUAAUGUUGUCUCAAAUAUUUGUUUUGAAAUCUGAGUUCAUAGAGUUAUCAAACUGAGAUUAUUGCACUUUACUUCUCAACACUUCCAGCUGAUGUAACUUCUAAACAAGACUUUUUGUUUGUUUGUUUGUUUGUUUUUUAACAUCUUUACUGAAGUAUAAUUGCUUUACAAUGGUGUGUUAGUUUCUGCUUUAAAACGAAGUGAAUCAGUUAUACAUAUACAUAUGUUCCCAUAUCUCUUCCCUAGACUUUUUGUUUUUAAGAUGACGGUGUCUUAGAGCAAAAAAAGAGAACCCUAAAGCCAAGAAUCUUUUGUCCUUCAACAGCCACUAUUAUUAUUCUAUCUUCUCUGGAGACAUGUAGAAAUAAUUCUCUGGUAUUUCCUGAAAACUGCUACUCUGUUAUUAUAGGCUAUCCAAAAAGAUGGGAAAGAAGUGAGAUGCAGGUUAAAAUUUUAAAUCUGGUAUAUCUUUCAUGUCACAGGCUAUGUCUGUUUAUAAGAAAUAUUUUGUACUUAAGCAUAUUUAUUGAUUCACUCAUAAUAAGAAAAAAGAGACCUCAAAUUAACCUGAAAUAUUGCAGAACCAUUCUUUAACACAGAAAGUGAUCAUCAUCAGUACUCCCCUUUAUCUGUGAAAUAGAGAUAUGAGAGCUUUCCUUAUGAAAUAACAGAACUAUGGCAUUGGUUAGAUACUUUUGAAUUUUUUUCAAGAAACUAAAAAGGAAAUAAUCUUAGGAUUUUGUUGAUACUUUUAUAACUGUUUCAGAUUAUAUUUCCAGUUUUCAUCCAUGUACAUAGCAUUUUAUUAAUUAUUAUUGUAAAUGUCCCCUUGAGUUUUGUUUCCCUUUGUAUUGGAGUUAUUUCAAGUCCAUAAAAAGUCUAGUGUAAGCCAACAAUACUUUUCGGUUUUCUGAAGUGAAGCAGGAGCCCUCAGAGGUCCUUAAUGAUGAUCAAAGGAGAGGCCCUUUCUUCUGUUAAUAGGGUGAGAAUGGUUGAGAGGGGAAGGGCUGAUACUUUGAAUUGGACUAAUAAGCUGGCCAAUGCAGGCUCAAAAGAUAUGCCCAUCACAGUUAUCAGAGGAAAAAUAUUUUACACUGCUGCCAAUAUGUAUAACAUAAAGCUGUAAAUAGUCUUGGUUUCCCUCUCACAUCUCAUUUCAUUCUUGGUACCGGAGACAGAUCCAAAUAACUGUGUGUUGGUUUUACCCUGGUUCAGCUUCUUAACAGCAGGUUGAUGAGUGAAAAACAAUUUGGACUAAAGGUAUCAUUACAGACCAGUAAAAAGUCUGGGGUUUUUGCCUUGGUUUUGCUAUUAGUCAUUUCUACGGUGACUCUGAGAAGUUCAUUUAACUACUUGGUGCCCAGAUUUCCACCUAGUAACGUAGAGACAAACCUACCUCAUGAGAAUGAAUCUGUAACAGGUUCCAGGAACCAGAAGCUCUGGUUGUCAUUAAAUUCUUGGUCUUUUGGGGACUGGAAAUUUAAAAAACAAACACAUUAACUUCCUGGAUUUUUUAAAAAAGAAGUAAGCAAUUAAAUAGCUGUGUUGAUUUCCAUCUACUCUGUAUUGAUAUUUGACCAAACACUUAAAACUACUAAAGUUAAAAAUUCCUUGUACUCUUAAGCAAUUCAUCUUACCCAUAUGGUAUUUUAGAGUGGACCAUACUGGAAGAUAAAUCCAGCCUCUAUAUUUUGGACCUAUCUUUUAGCCAUAUUCUUAUGCUAAUGCAUGGAUUAUGAAGGAGAUUCAGUUUGCAUGGGUCAAUUCUACUACUUGUUUCUAUCUUUGGUAAAAGUUUUGAAGGGAGAAGAUAUUGACUCUGUUGACUAACAUGAGACUAGUGAUUAUCUGUGGCCUAGAUUUUGUUGCCAUCCUAGAUCCUAGUACAUUUCUUUCUAUUAAAUAUUAUUGUAAGUUUUACUCUAAAAUUUCUGUGGAUAUAAGCCAAUUCAAUUCUUCCUACAUUCCUAAGUCACUACUGUAGUAUUUCCUAUAGAAAAGCAUAUAAGACAUCCUACACAUUAGAGGUUUGGUUAUUUUUUGAAGGCAUUACCAAUCAAAAUUUAUAUUUAGGCUUUACCUAGUGAUCAUGUAUUUACAAAAGGAAGACAGAAAAUUCAAAAAUAAUAUGAGACACUUUCUCAUUGUUGCUUUUUUCUUGCCAAGAGUAUUGAGAAUAGUAAAGAUAUAUAGAACUUUUCUACUAAGUUUCCUUCUCUUCUGUUCGUCUUCAUAGAAAUUAUAAAAUCCCAAACUUUUUUACAGCAUUCUCUAUCACAUUGCAGAAGACUAUUAUAUUGUUUCUAUUACACAUGGAAGUUUUGCUUUUUUUCACUGCACUCAAACGAGCCCUGUUGCUUGUAAUUUUGGUAGUAGAAAUGGAGACAACUCCUUAUUCUUAUCUGUGGGAUAGCUCCAUCUGCCUCCUCUACACUGUAGGGAAUAGUAUCAGUAAGCCUGGCUCCUUUCUGCUGCUGUUAUCCCUCAUGCCCUUGGAUCUCCUUUUUACUGCAUCAGAACAUGAUGCAAAAAGAAACAUGUUGGUGUGGACCUUAGGAAUGGACACCUGAAACGGUUAAGAAGUUGUUGUUAAAGUAAGAAAGCCAUAUAAAGUUAGGCUGGAACAGGAAGAGGAGUAGCUGUGAUCAGCAAUUACAAAUUCAUGGAGUAUUUCAUUUUGUAAACGAAACUCCUUUCAUACUAGAACUUGAAAAAUAAAGAGAAGAGAAAGUAGAGUAGUUUAUUACUCCCACAGAUCAGAAAUAAAGGAUGAAAGCUAAAUAACUUCAAUAAUAGCCUAACCAAAUGUACAGAUGACAGAUUGUUGAGGAAACAUCUACGUGAGGAAUGCUUUUCUAAUCUUUUGUGAUUGAUAUCCUAGACGGUAACCCUCCCCUUUAUCAUAGUCAAAAUCCUGUUUGGGGUAAAUAACAGAAUAAAUCUAAUCUUAAAGAUUAAAGGAGGUAGGAAGGCAUAGAGUUCCAACUAUCUUUUCAGGUCCCCCAAAUCAAUAAAGGAUGCAGUUUAGUUCUGUCUCUUUAAAGAAGAGUCUCCAUAUGUAUAGAAUCCUAUCUCAACAAAACACAGAGAAUAAGAAUUAAAGGAAAAACAUGGUUACUGCUAUCCAUUCUUUAUUCAUUGCCCUCUAGGGCAAUCAAUGUAUUGCAGGGAUGGGUUGCAAAGAGGCAGCAUUAUCAGAAUUUUAGGAUUGGAUAGGCCCCCAAUCCACCUCCUCUCCCCUCCAAUGCUUGAUUCUUCUGUACAGUAUCAUUUAGAGAUUCAGAGACUAAGUGGUCUCCCAGCCUGUGAUUAAACAUCUCCCAAGAUAUAGCACAUUAUGUCUUUUGACAUCCCAGAUUUUUAGAUAUUAAUCAUUCAUGUAUUAAGUCAAAGUCUGUUUCCCUGUAGUUUUCACUUCUUGGUUCUAAAUGGAGGCAUUCUGAAGAAUUUUCUAUCUUCCACAUUAUAAGGUCUUCACCAUAGUUAAAAGUAACUCUCACGUUGCAAUUAGUCACAGUUCUUGCCCUCAGAUAACUUACCAUCUGAUAUCCAGUUCUGUCCCAGUCUCCCUCCUAGCAUGUUAUCCUUCUGCUUUCUUCCUUUCUUUUUCUAGCUUUUCUUGUGUUAUCAGCUGUUUUUCUUUCUGGCUCUGUUGCCCAUUGGUUGCUUCCCUAUGGUUUAUUCAGUCUUAUGUCCCUACCCAAUGACUUGCCCUCUGUAAAAGAACAUUUUGGAAUUCCUGGAAAUCCUAGCUUCUUCACAGAUCACACAGGCACUUGGGGUUUUUUGUUUGUUUUUUAGAUAAAGGAGUUGGGGGAGGGGGUGGGAUAGUUUUGUAGCUUUGGAAACUUCUUGUAGCCCAGAAUCUGUUGACAAGAUUGUAUUGCCAUUAUAUCCUGAAGCAGCAUACCACCAGAGCCUGCAUUCUAACUUUGCUUGCCUUCUCUGACAGCCUGGCUAACCUUUACAUCCUCUAUAAUAGCCCCCACGUGAUUUGAUUUAUACCACUUUGAUAUGAUACAGUUAUGGAAGCUUACUUUCUGUUUAACAUUCUGAUUUUGACUUAGAGCCCCACUAAAAAAAGUGAUAUUAAAAAUUUGAAAUGUUAAUACAUCUCUUUUAGUUUUGCCUGUCUCCUCAAAACUGUGAGAUUCUCAGAGGUGUGAAGCCUUGUUUUAUCUUUGUUUGCCAAAGAUACCUUUGUAUCUCAGAUAUAUAAUGAAUAAUUAAUAUUUGUUAAAUUGAAUUAAAGAAUUAGUAACGUGGUAAUGGAUAAAGUCUAACUUUUCACUUAGAAUCUCUUGUAUUAGGACACAAGUUUGUGCCAAAGUAAUCACCCCAUGCCCUAUCAGUACAUGCAGGUAGCCCAAAAAACCCAUAUACGGCCCGGAAGCCACUGUCUCUCCUAUUAAUCCUGUAGUGUGGUCCUUGGUUUAUUCAAAGAAUCUACAUAUACUUCUACGAUAGGUGUCAGUCUCUCUUGUUAAUGUCUUGUAAUUUGAUUCAAUUAAAAGCUCUUAUCCAUUUACCACACUAAUAAUCAACUGUUUUCACUAUAGAAUGUAUUAUCGAGAGCAGGGUACUUGUUUAUAUGUGUAAAUACAUCUUGGAGUGUGAUACCAUGAAGAGAACCUGUUAUUUUGACAUUUUGCGUUUAUCUAGAAUACAUUUCAGAGAGCAGUUUGAUACAUUUGUCUUGUGUUUUAUAUGAUAUAAAAAUACCAAAUGUAUCAAACUCUUGUGGUAUCAAGAGUUUUGUAUGUCAGAUAGACCAGAGGUUGACAAACUUUUUCUGUAAAGGACCAGAUAAUAACUAUUUUAGGCUUUGCGGUCCAUAUAGUCUCUGUCAAAAGUACUCAACGUUGCCAUUGUAGAGUGAAAGCAGCAUUGACAAUAAAUCAACAAAGAAACAUGAAUAUGUUCCAGUCAAACUUUAUUUGUGGACACUGAAAUCUGAGUUUCAUAUAAUUUGUAUGUGUCACUAAAUAUUUUUCUAUUUCUUUCCCAACCAUUUAAAAAUGUAAAACCAUUCUUAGCUCAUAGCCGUACAGAAGCAAGGAAAGGGCUGGAUUUGGCUGCUGGCUGUAGGCUGCUGACCCCUCUUAUAGGUCUAGAGAGACAGAGAACUGAUCAGUUAGAUUUUCUGCCUUUGUACUGUUUCGAAGAGUUGUAGUCACAAUCUUAACAUCUUCAUUCAGUGUUGAAGUAUUUUUGGUCUUGUUUAGGGUUAGAAAUGGAAAACAAAAGACAAGGCACUCAUUCCUAUUUAUCUGGCAGCCAGGGUACACCUGAACGAUAAUCUAAAAUAUCUUUACCACCACAACACGCCUGCCUCUGUCAGUUUCCAAAUUGUUCUGUGUUAACUGUGCUCUUAACAUGUUCAGCGACAAAUCCAGCUAACCCCUUUGUUCUUUUUGGUUUUUAAGCGUCUGCCUCUAUCUCCCCCUAAGGAAUAAAGAAACAAUUCCCAAAUUCACCUUCUCUUUAGCCAGGUUUUAGAGAUAUCUAAUGAACAUGGUAAAGAAAGUGAAAUGAUUUUCACUCUACAUUUUUGGUACACCAUAGUGUAUAAAUUUAAGGUUGGGUAUCUAAGGGAAACGUUUUAGAAGGGUUCCUCUUUCAAAAUAAAGAUUUCUCUGAGAGGAGUUCCCUACUUCAGGGCUGAUUUGGGCAGUAUUUACCAAGAAGUCAGAAUAAAAUAAAGUUAUGUACUUUCGGAGGUGUCUUUGCUCCCUAGUUGACUGUUGUGUUCUGAAGGAUUCCUUGAUCUGUAAUUAGCUUUGGGAGGUGCUUUAUAACACAUUCCUAAAUCUAUGUUCCUUUCCCCCUGGCCCAGGAUCCUUUAGCUACGAUACACGGUUGAAUAAAUUGUUUAUUCAUUAGCAGUUGAGCAAGAUAUUUAAGCCUAAAGAAAUCUGCUAAGAACUUCUCUUUUUGGAACAUUUUCUUUGAUAUUUUUCUCAUGUUAUUUGCUUUGUUAAUAUGUAAAAUUAUUACAAAUAAAUCUUAUUGCAAAUCUGAUUCUGGUUGCUACUAAUCAUUAAGGAAAUGAGUCAGUAAUGCUGCACAUAGACAGACCCACUACCAAAAAAGGGGAGGAAGGAACCUCUGCUUCAGCAGAUCAGCAAGAGAUAUUGUCAGCCAGUCUUUCUAGAAAAAUUCUCUUGUUUUUCCCAUAUUUUCACUCUUCUGGGUGGCCCAGUAAUUGUCUUAUGCUCAGUCCUAAAACAGAGAUAACUUAUGCACAUGCGUUCACUACUGAGAGUAUUAAUGUUUUAAAUCAGCUUUGGAACUAUUUGACUUAUUUAUACGAAGUUUUAAAAAUAAUUUUUUUCUAACCCACUUAAUCAGUCACUACAAUACAUGUAAUUGUCACAUCUGUUAGAAGCAUUUUUAAUAUGCUGAAUUUGUCUUUUUUUGUUGUUUUUUGUUUUAAAAAGAAGCACUCUACAAAUUAGUAGUUAUUAAUGCCUCUCUGAUCAUAUUGAAGAGUGAGGAUGGAGUGGGUGUGGAUAUGCGGGGCAUGAGGAGAGCUGUUCCUAUAAUGUGGAAUUAACAGAAGGUCCACUGCUUAAUCUCUUACUUCACCUUGGUGAACCUUAUCUCUUAUCUUACUCUCACAGUUCUAGAUUCUAUUGUAUCAUCCAGGUGAUUACUUAAAACCAACACUGCACAUUUUGAAGUGGUCUGUUUACUAGCACAAAUUAUGUACCUUGUUGCCAUGUCUGAGUAAUACAAAAUUUUGUAGUGUUUCUCCAAAGCCACAUUCCUUUUAGGAAUUUAUUGGAAGUGUUAACAUGGAAAACCAUUUCACUAUUAUAGGAUUUUUUGGGAAGAGAAGACACAGCUAAUUAAUAUCUAGUCAUCGUUUUCUGUUGUAUAUAGUUCUGUGGAAUCAAGGUGCUAUUUUCUAGAUAUCAAAUUGGGGUAUAAUAUUUGCCUUAAGUGCUUAUUAUGGCUUUAAUCAUUUUUGGAAUUGGGACUUCUGAGAAAUCCUGCCAAGUGUAUUUAAUUGUGUUCCAUACUAAAUGAUCAGAGUUUUUGUGCUGGUUAUAGCCCCUUCCUUUCCAUCUCCAUCUCUUCAACUCAACCCUUCUUUUAGUAUAAUGAAAUAAACUUGACUGGUCAUGUCUGGUCUCCUAGACAUGUUUAGUAUAACUUUUCAUAUAUGCUCAAUCACUUUGAUUUCUAUAGCUCUAUUCAGGUUUGAGAACACUCAUUUGAUCUGUGGAAUCCUUGCUGGUGAGUGCAGUGUUAAGGCAAAAUUUUCUGUUAUUUAAUAGUUAAAAUUUUGCAUCAGGCACUGAUUUUACAGCUGUUUGCUUUUUCAUUCACCUAUUCUGGGGAUAAUCUAAUAACAGCACUAUUUAGGAAAUGAUGAAAACUAUGUUUGAAGGAUAAUUGUCAUUGGCAAAUUCCAUUUGCUGGCAUUUGUAAAAGGCUGCAUUAUAGAAUGAUUUUGAUUUUCCUAAAAUAGGCAAUUUUACCAACCGUAAUUUAAUAAAGGCCAGCGUCUUCCUAAGUAAGCUCCUUUAUCCAGAUGUAAUUUUUAUAUGCCAGAGAAUAGCAAUGGACAGUGAAAAUGACUCAAGUUUUGUGGAGAAGCUAGUGAGCACUAUAAAGAUGUACUUCUAGCCAGGGACCAGUAGCAUACCAACUUUAUUUUUUAAAAAAAAGUAGGGGAAGAUAUAGCCAAGAGAGAAAAUUUAGACUGAAGAGAAAUGUAUUGCAUGAUUAAGAAUGACACACUAGAGAGGAAAGAAUUUUAAAAUCGUCUUUUGCUAGCCACGUGGUUACUCUGUUGUUAGUUUAUCCCCAUCUUGAGCAUUUGUGAUUCUAAUGUCCUUUUCUAAACUGCCAGUUGGCCUGAAUUUUCCACCAAAAGUGUAUCAAAACUAUUAUUUAUGAAGGUUUUGGGGGUGGAGGGGCCAGGGGAUGUUUUUGUUUUUGGUAAUUUUUGUUCUCCUUUCUUCGUUUGUUUCCUUUUUCGGCUGAAGAAUGGGCUACUGCUGCUUGACCUGUCAUCUUUAUGUGCUGUUUACACAUGGCUUUUACAAAAGAAGCCAUUACCACAUCUGAUUUAUCUCUUAUUGCAAGUGCCCCUUUAAAAGCAUUUGUUUUAACUUAACAAAUUAAAAAACAAAAAAAAAUCACCGGGUUAGCGUUAUUUUAUAACCAAGGGAAACACCGAUAUUAUUAAUUUUUC